AAAAUUUAAAGUACAAAGCAUAGAACUAAUAUUCCUUUUGUUUCUAAGGUCGAUCGCUUUUGUUUCCUUUUCUUCAAAACAACACACAAACAAAUUAACCAUGCCAAAGAGCAAGGUUCUUGUUGUUGGAGGAACUGGGUAUAUUGGUCGGAGGAUCGUGAAGGCAAGCUUAGCGCAGGGGCAUGAGACCUAUGUCCUCCAGCGGAAAGAGAUUGGACUGGACAUUGACAAGCUGCAGAUGCUGCUGUCAUUCAAGAAGGAAGGAGCUCAUCUCGUCGAGGGCUCCUUCAAUGAUCAUAAGAGCUUGGUGGAGGCGGUCCGGAAGGUGGACGUGGUCAUCUGCACCAUGUCCGGGGUCCAUUUCCGAAGCCACAACAUCCUCUUGCAGCUCAAGCUCGUUGAGGCUAUCAAAGAAGCAGGAAAUGUUAAGCGUUUCUUGCCUUCAGAAUUUGGUAUGGAUCCUGCUAGGAUGGCACAUGCACUUGAACCAGGAAGAGUAACAUUUGAUGAAAAAAUGGUAAUCAGAAAAGCAAUAGAAGCUGCCAACAUACCCUUCACUUACGUUGUCGCCAACUGCUUUGCUGGUUAUUUUGCCGGCAAUCUCUCCCAGAUGGAAUGUCUCACCCCUCCAAGGAACAAGGUCAUUCUUUACGGCGACGGAAACGUCAAAGUGGCUUUCAUGGAUGAAGAUGAUGUUGCAACAUAUGCCAUUAAGACAAUAGAUGAUCCUCGAACGUUGAACAAAACGUUGUACCUUAGGCCUCCAGGAAACAUCCUCACCCAAAGAGAGUUGGUGGCGAAAUGGGAGAAGAUAUCGGGGAAGCAACUGGAGAAGAUCAGCGUUUCUGAUAGAGACCUCCUGGCCUCCUUGAAAGUUAUGGACUUUGCAGGACAGGUAGGGUUGGGACAUUUCUACCAUAUCUUUUAUGAAGGAUGCUUGACGAAUUUUGAAAUAGGAGAAGGAGCAGAAGAAGCCUCUAAACUCUACCCGGAGGUGCGUUACACCCGCAUGGAAGAAUACUUGAAAAUUUAUGCAUAAGCACUUCCUUUUCAGCUAUAGUUUGCGGUUGAGAUCGGUUGAUUUACACAUUGAUCAUGUUUUAGUGUUCCCUUUAAUUUCAUGGCUUUUGAGUGUGAUGUUUCCUCGUUUGCGGUUGAGAUCCAUAUUUUGGUGUUUGAUUUAAUUUCAUGGCUUUGGAAUGUACAAUAAUGAAUAAUGUUUCUU